GAUUUGACAUUUCAUCAAUUGGUGAACAUUGAAAUGUCAUUGUUUCAGGCAAAUUUCUGUGCUUUAUUUGCAUGUCUAGCGCAAUUGAUCGUAUGGUUUAUUUUACUUUCUUAUUGUUCAUUUUUCAUUGAGAUUUCAUUUGAAAGAAUUUUGAAAAAAUCAACGAAUAAUUGGUUUCAAUCGAAACCUUCCUGUUUUAUCAUUCGGUUGAACUGUUUCCACUUUAUUUGCUUCUCUUUUCACAUAGAGUGACAGCGACGUUAGUCAACGUCGGCAGAAUCAAAACAAAGUUUUGACCGAGUCAGCACUAUCUCUUUUUCACAGACCAAAGACCUCACAGAACAAGUGAAUUAAUCGAAAUUUUCUCUGUCAAUAUAUGUGUUUCAUCAAAUUUGUUUGUCUUGAAAAGUCAUAUCUUCGGCCGAAUUUUCCUAAAGAACAAAUCAAAUCUUUGGUUAAACCAAGGUAAUUUCAUACGAUCGAAAAUGGGUAACACAAAUUCGGCCCCAGAAACCACGGAGAACGCGAAGGAAGAUGUACGAAAAUGCGUUCUAUGCGGUUUAGAGGUGCCAAAAGAGAAGCUUGGUCAACACAAUAAAGAAAUUCAUUCGGUGUUGCGCUUCAGAUGGGAGAAUGGAGCACCAAAUAUCCUUUCAACUCAUGGGCAAUUUAAACGGGUGGAUCCAGUGUCAUUGUCCACUGAACAAACGGUUGGUCAUUCAGUGCCAAAUGUUGCACAUAUCAAAAUGCCAGCGUUGCCAAUGGUGCAAAUGAUUCCAAUACUGCCGCCAAUGCCAAAUGUACCGCCACCAGAUGCAAUUAUCCCGAAACCACCGACUGAACCAAAACCGCUUGAUUCCAUUCAAAAUACCUUCAAUGAUAAAGUAAAACGUAAUUGGGCGGAAAUGUUGUCCGGUAUUCGUCAUACUCAUAGAAUGAGCGACGCAGACGAAUACGUCGAUACCACUGCAUAUGAUAUGGACAUCAGUGCCGAAAGCGGUUCGGAAAGUGAUCAUUUUAUUGAAGGAAGUUUAUUUGAAUCAUCAAAAGUUAAGAACGCAGAUGAACCACAUGCACAGGCCGAAAAAAGUGUCACUGCAACCAGUGACAAAGAUAAUCGAGAGAUUGACAAUUUGUCUAAGCGCCGUACGAAGAAAUCACGUUUUAGAGAUGCUAAUCCAUCAGUCAAAACUACACAGAGCACCACCCAAACGUCUAAGGAAACUGUGGAUGUGCCAAAAAAUAGUGUCAAAAAUGACAGAAUGAUCAACGAGGUGGAAGAAGUCAAAUCCACUAAAAAAUCAUCACAACCAAAGUCGGUCCAUAAAUUGAAACGACCAAAACUGAGCGCCGAGGUGAAUGACAAUUUCUGUGAACUCAUUUUGACCGCCAGAGUUUAUUCCGAUUCCGAUGGGGAAUAUGCCGAAUUUCCAGUUCAAAGUGAAUUAAAGUGCCGAGGGAGCGAGACCAGUGAGCGGCCACAGAAACGCCAACGAAGAACUUCAUCAUCUUCCACUGUAUCGAGCAACGGAAAAAAACAACAACUUCGGGUCACAAAUGCCGAUCUGAAGAAAAUCAUUGAACAACACCUUGAACAAGAUCCGCAAAAAUAAGGGUGAUAUGCUAACCAUAUGGAAAAGAAUCUACACACAUUUUUAUUUUUUUAUUGCUUGUUUUUUUAAAAAUUAGUUUUGUUUUAAUAGUACUACUAUUGAUGCAACUUGAUGACCUACUAUUGAAUCAAUAGUAUUGAUGCAAUACAUCGAAUUUUUUGAGAUUGAAAUAAAUUACGACUUGAAUAUGAAAAUUAAUAUUUUUCGAAAAUGGGAAGGUGACUUUUGGUAUUUAUUUUUAAUGAAAUGAUCUCCAAAAAUGGGAAUGAAUUUCUAAAAAUAAUGAAAUGAUCUCCAAAAAAUAAUUGAAAACGAUCUCCAGAUAAAAAUAAAAUUAUACAGCCGAAAAUAAUAAAUUGUCAUCUAGAAAAAAUGAAAUCAUUUGCAAAAAUAAACGAAUUGGUCAUCAAAAAAAA